CAUACUCUCAUUAGUCUCACUCCUCUUCCAACCAUCAAUAUGCUCUUCCUCUUCUGCCUCUUCUUUCUCUUUUCCCUCCCCAAUGUCACAUUUUGUGCCCAUUGUACCACCUCCACACCCACUAAAACCUUUGAAAAAUGUAUCACUCUCCCAACCCAACAAGCCUCCAUAGCAUGGACAUACCAUUCCCACAACUCAACCCUAGACCUCGUCUUCUUGGGAGCCUUCAUAUCGCCUUCCGGCUGGGUAGGGUGGGGCAUCAACCCUACCUCAGCCGAAAUGACAGGUACUCGUGCCCUAAUCGCCUUCCCUGAUCCUAACACAGGCCAAAUAGUCCUACUACCUUACAUCAUAGACCCAACAGUCAAACUCCAACGUACCCCUCUCCUCUCCCGCCCUCUCGACAUCCACCUCAUCUCCUCCUCCGCCACCCUAUACGGCGGAAAAUUAGCCACCGUCCACGACGGCGCAGCCGUCCAAAUCUACGCUACAUUGAAGCUUGCAACAAACAAGACAAAGCUCAACCACGUGUGGAACCGCGGGCUCUAUGUCCAAGGCUACUCCCCAACCGUACACCCAACUAACCCCAACGACCUCUCCUCCAUAACAACCUUUGACGUCAGGUCAGGCUCAACCGCCACACGCCACACCAACAUUCUGACCCUCCGAUCAGCCCAUGGCAUCAUCAAUGCUGUUUCUUGGGGGAUAAUGUUACCCAUCGGAGCAGUCACAGCUCGCUACCUUCGACACGUCCAAUCACUUGGUCCUACGUGGUUCUACGUCCACGCUGCGAUUCAGCUCUUUGGUUUUGUGUUAGGGACUAUAGGGUUUGCUAUUGGGGUCAGGCUUGGUGAUAUGUCACCUGGGGUACAAUAUAGUCUGCACAGGAAGCUAGGGUUUGCUGCAUUCUGCUUGGGAGGGCUUCAGACUCUGGCGUUAUUGUUCCGGCCGAAGACGACGAACAAGUUCAGGAAGUACUGGAAGUCUUACCACCAUUUUGUAGGGUAUGCUUGUGUGGUGCUUGGGGUUGUGAAUGUGUUUCAGGGUUUUGAGGUGAUGGGAGCAGAAAGGUCGUAUGCUAAGUUGGUUUAUUGUUUGGGGCUUUCAACAUUGAUUGGUGUUUGCAUAGCAUUGGAGGUGAAUUCUUGGGUGGUGUUCUGUAGGAAAUCUAAGGAGGAGAAGCUGAGGAGGGAAGGUUUGAUUGGAGGGUCUGAUAAAGGCAGUGGAAACAUCUACAGUUGAUACACUUAUAUAUAGUUACUUUCUUGGCUACAGUAUGGUUUAGGGAAAUAUAGGAUUUCAGAACCUUUUAUUUGGGACCUUGCUGUGUUCAAAGGAACUGAAGUUUUGGUUUGCAUCUUUCAUGCUUUGU